CUCGAUCCCGGAAUGGGCAAGUACAGCGACGGGAAGGACGGCGAGACCGGCGGCAGCUACCCGCUGGUGGCGGUGUGCAUCGACAAGGACAAGAACAGCCAGAACGCGCUCAAGUACGCAACCGAGACGCUCGCCCACAAGGGCCAGACCAUCGUCCUCGUCCAUGUCAACACCAAGGGCACCUCAGGAGGGGUGGAGGACGCGGCCGGGUACAAGCAGCCGACGGACCCGCAGAUGAAGGACCUCUUCCUCCCGUUCCGCUGUUUCUGCACGCGCAAAGACAUCCAUUGCAAGGACGUGGUGCUGGACGACCACGACGUGGCCAAGUCGAUCGUCGAGUUCGCGGCGCAUGCCGCCAUUGAGAAGCUCGUUGUCGGCGCCACCACGAGGGGUGGCUUCGUCAGGUUCAAGGCCGACAUCUCCAGCAGCAUCUCCAAGACGGCGCCGGACUUCUGCACCGUGUACGUUGUAACCAAGGGCGGCAAGGUGACGUCGGUGCGGCAGGCCAUCCGCCAGGCGCCGGCCGUCUCGCCGCUCCGGACCAUGAUCCAGGGCCCCAAGGCCGAGCAUGUGCCCACACAGAAAUGGACGCCGCCUCCUCCAGCUGCAAGAGGUGAUGCUGCUGGGACACCAAAAUUGCAAGAAAAUCACAUCUUGUCGCCAUUCGCGAGGACGGGGCUGAACGCGGGGUCGGCGCGGAAGGCGUUCCCCGACUUCUCGCUGCCCGAGUCGUCGGACAUAUCGUUUAUCAGCUCCGGGCCCCGCGGGAGCACGGACCGGUACCCCCCCUGCCCGCCGCGGCUGUCGAGCGGGUCUGAUGGCCUCGACCAGCACAGCUUCGAGGCGUCGCGCACGCCCAGCAGGUGGGGCGACUCCUUCGGCAACGACAGCACGUCGCACUCCCAGACCAGCACCUCAUCUUGGUCCUCCCUUCCCACGGAGGACAUGGAGGCAGAGAUGAAGCGGCUGCGGCUGGAGCUGAAGCAGACCAUGGACAUGUACAGCACGGCGUGCAAGGAGGCGCUCAGCGCGAAACAGAAGGCGAUGGAGCUGCAGCGUUGGAAGGCGGAGGAGGAGCAGCGGACGCAGGGGUCGCGCCUGACGGAGGAGUCGGCCAUGGCGCUCAUCGAGCAGGAGAAGGCAAAGGCGAGGGCGGCCAUCGAGGCGGCCGAGGCGUCGCAGCGGCUGGCGGAUCUGGAGGCUCAGAAGCGGAUCGGCGCGGAGAUGAAGGCCCUAAAGGAGGCUGAGGAGCGUCUCCGGUCCAUGGGCGCCGGGGCGCGCGAGACCGUCAGGUACCGCAAGUACACCAUCGAGGAGAUCGAGCUCGGCACCGACCACUUCAACGAGGCACGCAAGGUCGGCGAGGGCGGCUACGGCCCCGUCUACAAGGGCCACCUCGACCACACGCCGGUCGCCAUUAAGGUGCUCCGCCCCGACGCCGCGCAGGGGAGGUCGCAGUUCCAGCAGGAGGUGGAGGUGCUCAGCUGCAUCCGCCACCCCAACAUGGUGCUCCUCCUGGGCGCCUGCCCCGAGUACGGCUGCCUCGUGUACGAGUACAUGGCCAACGGCAGCCUGGACGACUGCCUGUUCCGGCGCGGCGGCGGGCCGGUGAUCCCGUGGCAGCACCGGUUCCGCAUCGCGGCGGAGAUCGCGACGGGCCUACUGUUCCUGCACCAGACCAAGCCCGAGCCGCUGGUGCACCGCGACCUCAAACCAGGCAACAUCCUCCUGGACCGCAACUACGUGAGCAAGAUCAGCGACGUCGGGCUGGCGCGCCUCGUGCCGCCGUCCGUCGCAGACACCGUCACGCAGUGCCACAUGACAUCGGCCGCCGGCACCUUCUGCUACAUCGACCCAGAGUACCAGCAGACCGGCAUGCUCGGCGUCAAGUCCGACGUGUACUCGCUCGGCGUCAUGCUGCUGCAGAUCGUCACGGCGCGGUCGCCAAUGGGGCUCACUCACCACGUCGGGCGCGCCCUGGAGCACGGCACAUUCGCCGACCUGCUCGACCCGGCCGUCCACGACUGGCCCGUCGAGGAGGCGCAGCGCCUCGCCGAGAUCUCCCUGCGGUGCUGCGAGCUUCGCCGCAAGGACCGUCCUGAUCUCGCCACCGUCGUGCUCCCCGAGCUCAACCGGCUCCGCGCGCUCGGCGAGGACAACAUGCAGUUCUGCAACACCAUGAGCGCCCGGGGCGGUGGCAUGCACAGCUCGCCCUUCCAUACCAACUACUCGCAGCCACAGCACGAUGUGGCGAGUGAUCCACUGCUAGGGAGACCGCAGUACAGCUCCAACGCGACCCAGUCCGCCAUGCCUGCGAGGAGGUCCAACUACAACUAAGCUAUUCUGAUCGCAUUACACGUAACCAGCCGACAGUCUGAGUAGACAGUUACUGUUGUUAACUGACACAGAACCGGGGGGCAUGCCAAUGCCAAUGGUGCAUUUCUUUGUUGUAAGUUGUAAGUGUGCAGUGUGUAGUCUUUCUAAAAUUCUGUUCUCAUGUAAACAACCUGAAUUUCAAAGGCAAAUUGGAUACCGACAGUUUCU